CUCCCGCCGCCCUCCGCCCGCCAGGGGGCGCCGCCGCCGGCGCGCCCUCCCACAACCCCCCGCGGCGGCAGCGGGCGCGCCUUUUCCCCGCCUCCAUCAUGGCGCAAGACCAGGGUGAGAAGGAGAACCCGAUGCGGGAGCUGCGGAUCCGCAAACUCUGCCUCAACAUCUGCGUCGGGGAGAGCGGGGACCGGCUGACCCGCGCCGCCAAAGUGUUGGAGCAGCUCACGGGCCAGACCCCCGUGUUUUCCAAAGCCCGGUACACGGUGAGGUCCUUUGGGAUCAGGAGGAACGAGAAGAUUGCCGUUCACUGCACGGUGCGCGGGGCCAAGGCAGAGGAGAUCCUGGAGAAAGGGUUGAAGGUGCGAGAAUACGAGCUGAGGAAAAACAACUUCUCAGACACCGGGAACUUCGGCUUUGGAAUCCAGGAACACAUCGAUCUGGGCAUUAAAUACGAUCCCAGUAUCGGUAUCUACGGCCUGGACUUCUAUGUGGUGCUGGGCAGGCCAGGCUUCAGCAUCGCUGACAAGAAACGCAGGACUGGCAACAUCGGGGCCAAGCACAGAAUUGGGAAGGAGGAAGCCAUGCGCUGGUUUCAGCAGAAGUAUGAUGGCAUCAUCCUUCCUGGUAAAUGAGCAGUUCCUGCUACCAAAAAAAAGUAAAUAAAAUUUUGUAACCCCUU